CUUCGGUUGGGGGUGCCGGGGUGGAGUAGUUGUCUAAAGUAAACCACAUGCUCUCGUCCGCUCCACUGCGUGGACCGUCGACACACAGAACCUUCUUCCUCCCUUCAUUUCCUUCCGCUCUAUAAAUGCAACUCAACUCAACUCACUCUUUGGAUUAUGUUACCUUCCACCUUCAAAAUCACACCCAUCACAUCUCCACUUUCAACAAAAGGGUUUUUAUCCUCUCCUUCGCUCACACAUUGAGUUUGAUGCGUAGUAUGAAUCAAGUCGGAUCUGAAGAUAUCUAACAGCUAGAGCCUGGAUGGAAGCAUCAUCUAACCAACCCUAUUACUGGAGGCCUACGCAGAACCUAAAUCUAUACUCGGGUGACGUAAGCCAAGGAAGCCAGUUUUCCAACAAUUCUACUUCUUCAGUCAGCUUCUCCACAAAUGGCAGCCCCGUAUCGGUAUCACUGCAGGAGUCUCACCCGGACACUGACUAUAACUCUCAGGACGUGGACGAUUUGCAGUUGAGGCUCAGAGAACUAGAAACUGUUAUGCUGGGAACCGAUGAGGAUUUUCAAGACUUAUUUGAUGUUUCUUCUGCUUUGACUGCUGCUACUGCUUGGCGUGAUGAUGAUUGCAGGACGAUGAAAGAGAUGAUCGAUAGAGGAGACCUGAAGCAAGUGCUUCUUGCUUGUGCUAAAGCAAUAGCAGAAAAUGAGUCGAUAACCGCGGAGUGGCUGAUAUCGAUGGUACGUCCUUUGGUGUCUGUUUCCGGGGAGCCCACACAGAGAUUAGGAGCUUACCUGAUGGAAGGGCUGGUGGCGAGACUAUCUGCUUCAGGCAGCUUUAUCUACAAAUCUCUGAGGUGCAAAGAGCCAACGGGGCCUGAGCUCUUCUCUUACAUGCACAUGUUAUACGAAGCAUGUCCUUACUUCAAGUUUGGUUAUUUGUCUGCAAACGGAGCCAUUGCAGAAGCAAUGAAGAACGAGGACAGAAUCCAUAUAAUCGACUUUCAGAUUGCACAGGGCGGACAGUGGGCGACUCUUAUCCAGGCUCUUGCAGCUCUGCCGGGUCCCCCAAGGCUAAGAAUCACCGGAAUCGAUGAUUCCAGAAACGCGUACGCAAGGGGCGGAGGACUGGAAGUCGUUGGACAGAGACUAACAAAGCUGGCCGAAGCAUGUAAACUUCCGUUCGAAUUCCAGGGAUUGCCUGUUUCCGGUUCCGAGAUCGAGGCUCGACAUUUCAGGAUCGACCCGGGGGAGGCAUUGGCUGUUAAUUGUGCGUUUGUGUUGCACCAUUUGCCAGAUGAGAGCGUGGAUCCUCAGAAUCACAGGGACAGAAUGUUGAGGCUGAUCAAGGGUUUGUCUCCAAAAGUGGUGACUCUUGUUGAGCAAGAAGCUAAUGUGAACACUGCGCCAUUCUUGCACAGGUUCCAAGAGGCGUUGAGCUACUACUCGGCUAUGUUUGAGUCGAUUGAUGUGACUGUUCCCAGGGAUCAUAAAGACCGAAUCAAUGUGGAACAGCAUUGUCUUGCUGGUGAGAUAGUUAACAUAAUCGCGUGUGAGGGUGCUGAAAGGGAGGAGAGACAUGAGCUUCUUGGGAAAUGGAGGUCACGUUUUGCUAUGGCGGGAUUCACUCCGUAUCCUCUUAGCUCUUAUGUCAAUGCCACCAUCAAGACCUUGCUAGACAACUACUGUGACAAGUAUAGACUUGAGGAGCGAGAUGGGGCCCUCUUUCUUGGAUGGAUGAAUCGAGACCUGGUCUCCUCUUGUGCAUGGAAAUGCAACUUUUAGAUCAUCUAAUCUAUAUAUAAUUAUAUAUUAUAUAUGUGUUUUGUUUGGUACUUUGGUUUGAUAGUGGACUAGUGGUUGUAGUAUAUCACACACACACACAAACACAAACAAGCACCUGUCGAAUUACGUUUUUUGGUAAUAAAGCUUCCUUCCUUCA